CUGAACAGGAGCCAGCAGCGAGCCAUCGCCACCGCCAUGUCAUCCACAUUCACCCUCUGGCAGGGUCCGCCCGGCACUGGCAAGACGCGGACGCUGCUGGCGCUGCUGGAGAUCCUGGCGCGCAUCUCGGGCACGCCCCAACGCGCGGCGAUGAUGGGCCCGAUUCUGGCGUGCGCGGACACCAACGCGGCCACGGACAACAUCGUGGAAGGGCUGCUCGCGCGCGGCAUCAACGUCACGCGCAUGGGCCAGCCAGCCAAGGUGCGCCCUUUUCUGUGUCUCUUAUCAUUAGUAUUAUUACUACACGCUGUUGCUGCCAGAAGGCAGCCUGCCAGGGUGCAAUCUUUUUGUGGUUUGUUAUCAUCAAAGUUCAUUAAAGCCAAUGAGCUCGUGCAAGCCGCUGGCGAAUCCGUGCUGCGCGACAGCCAGGUGGUGUGCGCGACGUGCGCGGGGGCUGGGGAUGAUCAGCGGCUCUUCACUGCGCGCUACAAGAUGGUCAUUGUCGACGAGGCCACUCAGGCCACAGAACCCUCCAACAUCAUCCCCCUGGUGAGGGGUGCUGAAUGUGUGGUGAUGGCGGGGGACCCGAAGCAGCUGCCGCCGACGCUGCAGUCACAGGGGGCGCUGGAUGCUCAGCUGGACCGCACCCUCUUUGAUCGCCUGCAGGAGUCAGGCCUGGGGCCAGUGCUGCUGGACAUGCAGUACCGCAUGCACCCGCUCAUCGCAGAAUUCCCAUCCGCGCGCUUCUACCAGGGCAAGCUUAAGACGGGCAUCAGCGCCGAGGAGAGGCCCCUGCCCCAAGGGCUGGCGUGGCCCAACCCGGGCUGUCCAGUGAUGAUGGUGGAGUGCGAAACAGGGCUCGAAGAGCGCUCCAUGACCGGCAGUAUUGGAGUCACUAAGGCGAAAUCACCGGCCAAGCCGGGCGCCGAAAGCGCCGCAGCCGCCAACACCGGGUCUUCCUACUUCAACAAGCAGGAAGCCAUCCUCGCCGUGCGGUACGCCUCCCCACCAAAACCUGUUGCAAAGCCCCUUGAAUUCUAUUCGGUCAUCAUGGGUGUGCAGGUGACUGUGUCAUCAGUGGAUGGGUACCAGGGGAGGGAAGCAGAUGUGAUUGUAUUCAGCGCGGUGCGAUGCAACGAAAUGGGCAGCCUCGGUUUUGUUGCCGACCCACGCCGCCUCAAUGUUGCGAUCACCCGCCCGCGCCGGGGUCUUGUGGUGGUGGGAUCGCCCAACACACUUUCAUCGGACGGCGGCUGGCGCGGCUGGGUCCGAUGGGUG